CUUGAUUGAAUGCCCUUGUCCAAACUAUCUUUCAAGAGACACAAGAAAAGGCAACAUGAAAGUCAAGACGGUCACACGGAUAAUAUAGCCGACGAAGAAUAUGCUUCUAGCAGCAAGAAGAAAAAGAAGCAUAAGCGACAUAAAUCUCACAAAUCAAAGCACAGUCACCAUUCUUAUAAACCACCCAUCAUCAACGAUGACAUAGAAGGAUGGGUACCCCCUUCUGAUUCUAUUAAAAGGGACGAAACUGAGUGGAACGAAAGGCUUUUUGAUGCGAUGGUAGACGAUGAAGGCCAAGAUUUCCAUUCUUCACGCUUCGACUCUUAUUGGCAACCUACACCCGGCGAUGUUCCCACCGGUAGCCAAAGCGUAAACCAAAUGACGGAUGAAGAAUACCGACAGUAUAUGGUUAGUGAAAUGUAUAAGCGAACGCAUGCAGAUGAAAUACGUAUCGAGGAAGAGAGACGAGAAAAACGGAAGAAGGCGAAGGAAGCUAAGGAAAAGGCCAAAGCUGAAGCCAAAGAACAAGAAGCUAAGCGUGAGCGUGAACGCGAGGCCGUUAGAAAACUUCGACAGCUUCAGAAAAUGGGAUCUUCAAGGAAAAAGUAUAUGUCAAACUGGGAGGCGUUGGAUAUUGCGUCCACUACAGUAAAGCGCUUACGACUCAACGAUAUACCUUGGCCAUUUGUCGGCUCCGAGGUUUCCAAGAUCGCUGUCAAGGAAUUCUUGUUAUAUGACAUACAGGAUUUGGCAGAACAGAAAAAAAUCAUUCGAAAAGAGCAACUAAGGUAUCACCCGGAUAAAUUUAUGCAAAAGAUAUCUGCUCGAUUGGUGGAUGACGUGGAAGAACGCAAGUUGAUCAGUGAUAGAAUCAAUCACAUUUCAAGUUGUUUGAAUGACAUUUGGAAAGAACUGUAGAUAAAUUGGUAGACAUUUAGUACCCUCAGUGUAAAAUAUUCAUAAAUCCUUAUAGAUUAUAAUUUUACUUCAAUACAUUCGUCAUACAUAUUGUGUUUACGAAAUUGAUUGUCGUACAGCUUAGCUUGGAAUAAGUACAUCUGAUAAGCUGAGGCAGAAGAA